GGUGAAAUUGCUAUAAGACGACCACGCCGAACUCAUGGGGUUAAGUGAAGUGUGAAUAUCAUCAACGAACCAGAGCUGUAAAAUUCCUGGUUUUGUUUUGAAGGGCAGGAGCAGCAGGGCUCCCAUUCGGUUCUGCUUAGGAUUGACCCUCGCUCGCUGCCGUAGGAAGACAGAGCGGGCGCACUCGGAAGGCAGUCAGCAAGAUGGCGGUGCUCGCAGCGGCAAGGAGGCUCUCAGGGGUUUUUAGAUCUUUCUGUUCUUCAGUCUCUUCAGUUUAUAAUGGUUCUUGUAGUACCUACCCUAUUUCUCAGUUGUUUUUGCUUCGCUCCUACCAUGGACAGAUAUCAACAUUCUCCCCACAAAAACCUCUUCUCUCUCUUGGUAGUGGUUCCUUUGAACAUUCAGUUUCAAUAAUGAACAGUGUAACACCUCUGCUUCAAAGUAUCUUUCAUCAGCAAGUGAGAUGCCGCAUCCAAUACAGCUUAAGGAAGGGAAAAAGAAAAACUGUAAAAGCUGUGGUUAAGAGAUUUCUUCGAUUGCACUGUGGCCUUUGGCUAAGGAGGAGGGCUGGUUACAAGAAAAAACUGUGGAAAAAAAAUCCUAGGAGGAGAAAGCGUUUGAGGGAACAAGUGUUCUGCAAUAAAACUCAGAGUAAGCUGCUUGAUAAAAUGACCACCUCAUUCUGGAAAAGAAGAAACUGGUAUGUCAAUGAUCCCUUCCAGAAAUACCACGACCGUACAAACCUUCACUUGUAAAUUGUCAAAUGAACAUCAGUUACGUUCUUUGUAUUCCAGUACAAGAACAAAUGUGCAGACCAGUCAUUUUCUGAAUAUGUGUGACAUGUUCCUAUUAAAUUACUGAUGCGAAAUAAUCUGUUUAGUCUGAAUAUGGAUUUCAUAGCUAACUUUAUCCUGGAGUUAUUUUGAUAUCUACUUGGCCUUCAUGAUGCUGUUUGUUUAUGUAUAUUCUCCAAAAAACUCUGGGGCCUUCUAGAAACAGGUGUCAUUAAUAUGAGAUGAGGUGGCACUGGAAUUGCAUACAGGUAGACUCAUUCUACUGGAAUAUAUGACUUUUGUGUUGUACCUGAAGCUCUAGGCAUGUUACAGCAAAAGGGGUGAAUACUUAUGCAACCAACAAAUGCCAGUUUUCUUUUCUUUAUUAAACUUUGGGGCCAGAAUGAAAAUACUUUGCAUCUUCACAGUGCUGACUAUCAUGUGUACGUCAAGCGAUAGCAACACCAAUAAAAUUAAUUUUAGUUUCAAGGUGUAACACAAUAAAAUGUGGAAAUGUCAAA